AUGGCCCUGACCAGGGAAGAGCUCCUGAAGCCCAUCUGGCACGCCUUCACCGCCCUGGACGUGGACAAGAGUGGGAAAGUCUCCAAGUCCCAGCUGAAGGUCCUCUCACACAACCUCUGCACGCUGCUGAAUGUUCCUCAUGAUCCAGUGGCCCUGGAAGAACACUUUAGAGACGAUGACGAAGGUCCAGUGUCUAACCAGGGCUACAUGCCCUACCUCAAUAAAUUCAUUCUGGACAAGGUUCAGGGAGACUUCGACAAGGUGGAGUUCUAUCGGAUGUGCUGGACUCUGUGCGCCAAGAAGCAUCUGGUCAGGGGUCCCCUGUGUAUCAGUGAGGACAGCGCCUUCAAGGUGUGGUGCAUCUUUAAUUUCCUGUCCGAUGACAAGUACCCGCUCACCAUCGUUCCUGAAGAGAUGGAGUAUUUUCUGAAGAAACUGGCGGAGGCGAUGGGCAGCGGCUGGCAGCAGGCUCUGUUUGAAGACUAUAAAAUCGGGCUCCACAAUAAGCCGAGUGGUCUGUCCGUCUGGGAGCUCAUCGAUCUGAUUGGAAGCGGGCAGUUCAGUAAAGGCACCGACUUCACCACCGUGUCCAUGGCCAUCAACGAAGUCUUCAGUGAGCUCGUGCUCGAUGUUCUCAAACAGGGCUAUCUGUGGAAGAAAGGCCACAAGAGGAAAAACUGGACGGAGCGCUGGUUCGUCCUGAAACCGAAUGUCCUGACCUAUUACGUCAGCGAGGAUCUGAAGGACAAAAAGGGAGACGUCAUCCUGGAUUCAAACUGCUGUUUUCAGUCUCUAGCGGACAGAGACGGGAAGAAGUGCCUUUUCCUUGUGAAAUGCGUAGAGAAGAGUUAUGAAAUCAGCGCCUCUGAUAAAAAGAAGAAACAGGAGUGGAUUCAGGCCAUCCAGACGGUGGUGAACCUACGAAAGAUGGGGAUCCCCUCCCCACACAAGGACGCACGCCAGAAACGAAAGGCGAUUCGGCAAAAACUACAGGCAGAGCAGGAAGAGCUACAGCAGAAGAUGAAAGACCUCCAGAUGUCCAACGAGACAAAGCACCAGGAGCUGGAGAUGAUGAGGAUGCAACUAAGGGAAGCCGCUGCCCGGGCCACCCAAGAGGAGAAAAAACGCCACGAGACGCACAUGGAGUUACAGGAUCGCUUCAGAGAGGAGCUGGAACGGGAGCAAAUGAUUCGGCAACAAAUGGAAGAACAGGUAGCACAGAAGUCCUCAGAAUUAGAGCAGUAUUUGAAGAGGGUGCGAGAGCUGGAACAAAUGUAUCAUCGACUGCAGGAGGCGCUAGAUGAUGAGAAACAAGCGCGACUUGAAGAGGAGAGAGCGCGGCUCUUACAGGCCAGACUCCUGGAAGAGGAAGCAGCCAAGCGAGCCAUGCUGGAGAAACUCCACCAGGAGCAGGAGCUUGCUAUCAAGAUGACGGAAGCUGAGAAGAAGGAACUGGAGACUAUCCGGGAGAUGAAGGAGAUAGCGCUAGAGGAGGCUAUGCAGCAGCUGGAACAGCUGGAGAAGGAGCGGAUGGCAGCCCUGGAGCAAUACCAGCAAAUUAAAGAUAAUCUGGAAGUUGCGACGAGUAAGACAAGGAGCUGGAAGGACAAAGUGGCGCAACAUGAAGGCCUAAUCCGACUGAUACAGCCAGGUUCUAAAAAUCCCGAGUUCAUCACAAACUGGGGACCGGCUUCUUUCACCCAAGGUGAACUUGAGGAGAGAGAGAAGAACUGGCAAGAAAAGAAGAACACCAGCGCGGACUAG